UCCAAACGGAACGGAACCAAUUCAGCUCUUGCUCAAUCGUAAACCGGCCAACCCUGCUGAAAUCUCUGGAUUCUUCCUCGUGUUCUCGCGUUGCACAUCAAUUCAUCAAUGGCGGUGGCCUAUGGAACCUCGGCCGCCUUCUCCGUCCGUCCGACGGUGCCCGGGGCCCGGCCCUGCUCCUGCGCGGCCGCCGGGCCGACGUUCCGCUCUGACGGGAGCGGCAAAUGGUGGGCGCCGCUGCUGGGGUGGUCCGGCCAGCCCGACUACAUCGACGCUCAGCCUGCAGCUUCGCCGGCGCCGGAGGAGGAGCAGCGCGAGAAGCCGGCGGCGAGGCGGUUCGGGGUGCUGACGGAGGAGAAGGCGCGGCAGCUGCGCAUGCGGAUGAUGGAGACGGAGAGCUUCCACGACGCCAUGUACCACUCCGCCAUCGCAUCCCGCCUCGCCUCCGCCGCCCGCGACAAGGACACCAAAGGCUAGCCGCGCCGGCCGCGCACCCCCUGCGAAAGGGCUAACAGAGCGUCCCACCUUAGGGCUUGUUUGGUACUAGAGUUUUUGUGGGGAUUAGUGGGGAUAAUACUCUAGAGUAUUGGGUGAUCUCCUACAGUCACCCAAUCCCCACAAAACCCCAUUCCAUUCCAUGCAAUCCCAAAUCCACACUCUUAAAAACUUUCA